GUCUGUGUUUUUGUUCGGUUUUGAUGAGCGAUAGGCAUCAAGAAAAAAAAAAAGCACCAUCAAGAGCCGUCUCCUUGCUAAAGCUUUCUUCAAAAGAUGUGUAUACUCGACGUGAUUCUUCAAGUACAUUUAAUUCUAGUACCCAAUCGCCUCCAUGCAUUCAACAUUCGCCUUCAAAUUCUAGACUAAAUUUGUCGGUGGCUUCCGACCAGAUCUCUGAUACUGAAAGAACGAAAUCUCAUUCACUUGAAUCAAUCAUCUUGUCUGACAUUAAUGCAUACAAAUCCGAGGGGGCUGAAUCAAUUCAUGUUCCUCUUAUAGUUUAUGAUACCGUUAAUUGGCUCGUCAAACAGCAACUAGUAGACCUGUACCAGCUACUUACUGGUGAUCCGGACAAGCAACUACUAAAUCGCUUAACUAAGAAAUAUGCCAAAGCUGAGGGAUCUCUUAACUCUGUACCGCCCAGUCAGUCCACGGCAGUAUGGCAUCUUCUAAGGUCGUAUAUUUAUAAUUUAUCUGAUCCAAUUAUUAACUUUCAGCCAUUCGCGGAUAUUGCUUUGCAAAGAGGCUUCAGAGAAGCCCUGAAUCACAUCCACCAGGAGAGUAGAAAUCCAAAUUUUUUUCAAUUCAAAUCUUUCUAGCUCAUCCAGAUCGUCUUCGCUUUUGAGCUUUUCCAAUGUCAAAAAAGACAAGCGAUAUGUUCAAAGCAACUUACAGUCAUUUGAAAAAACAAAAAGAGAGCAUAUGGCGUUGACAUUAGUUCACUAUAUGUAUCAGGAAGCUCAAGAGAUCGUCAAACUUGUGGCCGAACCUCAGAUCCCAAAACUGAUCCCAGGAGAAACGCUUAAUUGUCGGUUUUAUAGAGUGUACUUGUCUGACUUAGGACAGGUCAACUUGUGGCUCACUAACUAUCGCUUCAUCUUCAAACAUCAUCUUGUAGAAGAAUAUUCAAUUCCAAUUCUGUCUAUUCAAUCCAUCGAAUAUGUUGGCUUAGUCAAGAAAAAGAGCUCUAAAGUUAUUUCCCUGAGUUGCAAAAAUCAUCGAACCUAUUAUUUAGAAAUGGAAUCAACUUCAUUUUCAAGCAUGUUGUUAGAGGCAUAUCAAUCUUUUCUGUGUUCUAACCAGAUUACAUAUCUGUUUGCAUUUCAAUACAAGAAUAAGAAUGUCGUGAAUAGUCUGGAUUCCUGGGAUUUUUAUAAGCCGAAGGACGAAUUUAUGCGCCAGAGAAUGAUAGUUUCUGAACACAUUUAUCACGAAGGUUUGGCAUGGCGUUUGAGCGCCAUCAACGCUCACUACGAUUUGGUUCCUACCUACCCCGCGCUUAUUCCAGUCGUCUUAUCAUUUAAAAAUCACGAAUUGAAGAAAUUUGCUCAGGCUCGUUUAGGCCAGCGCUUUGCUGUACCUAUUUGGGCGAGUGUUCCGCCGAGUUUUAACGCUGUCUUAUUACAGGCUGACGAAUUAGAUUUUUCAAAUCUGAGUGAAUCAAAGGAUAUCAAAUCGCUUUCAAAAUCCCCCAGCGAUUUCAAAUACAUUUCAACAAUUGCUUCUUAUUACAAGAACUGCGUUAUGAUUAAUCCCACCGAGCAAAAGACAGCCGAAUUUUGCUAUGCUGGCACACCUUGGAUAUACCAUUCUAUGUACCUUCCAUCGAACGAUGCUCUCGCUGAGCAACUAACAAUGGCUCAUUUUCCAAAUUCACGCGACAAUGGUACAUUUUCAGAAGGCGAGGGACAUCAAAGUCCCUGGCUAAGCACGGUUCAUCGACUGCUCACCAUUUCUUCAGAUAUAGCUGGCUUACUCAGAAUGGAAUGCUGUGUAUUGCUUGUGCGGUCUCGUCAAUCUGACUUGGCCUAUGUUCUUGGCUCACUCGCCCAAAUUUUUCUGGAUGGAUACUAUCGUACUAUUCGAGGUUUUGGUGUAUUGAUUGAAAAGGAUUGGUCCUCUUAUGGAUUCGAGUUUUCCUCAUUGUCUGAAUAUAUUGGCUCUACUUGUCAUGAAAACGGUACCAAAAAUCAGCAUUCAGUUUUUGAGGUCUUUAUCGAGUGCUUAUGGCAGCUCUUGAUCCAAUAUCCUAUGCAUUUUGAAUUCAGCGAGCACUUUUUGCUGUCUAUUUUGCAAGAACUCUAUUCGUGCCAAUUUGGGACUUUUUUGACAAGCUGUGCUAGGGAACGAGACUUGAUUAAGGACAAAACCGUCAACUUUUGGGCUUUUGUUCAAAACGCUUUAGAAAAUGGAAGUAAGGAAUAUACAAAUGCUCUUUUCGAUAUUGAAACACUAGGCAGUGUAAUCAACCUACCUAAAGAUAGGUCUCUCAACCUGAAGUUUUGGAACGCGAGGUACUCUUCUUCUGGUGCGUUGUUCGAAUCCAUGCGCAUCAAUUAUGCUGUAGAAGCUCAAAUCAAAAGGUCUAUCGACGCAGUCCGGGCUUCUAAGCUAAAAUCAAAUAGAAAGUCUAAUACCUACAAGUCAAGUUCUGGUUAUUACAAAAAUGAGUCAGUCUCGACUAAAGAUCGUUUUGAGUUGGUUCAUUGCUCAUCCAGUCCAUAUCCAUGUAACCAGAUACAAGACAACAUGAAGCAAGAACAAAAGUUAGAAACUACCAAGUACCUUUACUUGGACCUUGAUGGAUACAAUAUAGCAGACCUUCCGUCUUGUCUAACAUCCCCUAGUAAUAUCUAUUACAUUAGGUCACUUAGACUGACCAACAAUGCAUUGACCUACAUACCAAUCCACACUUUGCAUCUCACGAACCUUGUCAAGUUAGAUCUAUCGAACAAUUCCCUCUAUGAAAUUACAAGUAAUUUUUUUCAGUAUAUGGGCAAAGCCUUACCCUCUCUCAAAAUACUGAAUGUUUCUAAUACAAAGAUUUCGCGAAUUUCGAAUGUUAAUGCUUU